CAUGCCCCCUUUCAAUCAACAUCUAACAAUCCAACCUUCCCUACUACAAAGAAAAGACCUUAAACUUCUCAUAUCAAGAAACAAAAAUGGCAUUCAACACGAAGCUUCUUUUGGCCAUCUGCUGCGUCGCAUUGGUCUUCACUCUUGUCUCUGCAAACAUUUCCCAAGAAGAGAUCGAUGGCUUCGUUGAGGAGCACAACAAGGCUCGUAAAGAGGUCGGCAACAAACCCCUCAACUGGAACACGACCUUGGCCCAGUAUGCCCAAGAAUAUGCCGAUAAAAGAGUUGGCGACUGCGCCAUGGAGCACUCAAUGGGACGUUGGGGUGAGAACUUGGCCUCUGGCGACGGCAUGAGCGGCGCAGCUGCCACCAAAUAUUGGGUCACUGAGAAGGAGUUGUAUGACGAAAAGUCCAACAAAUGCCUCAAAAGCGAAGACGAAUGUGGUCACUACCUUGCUUUGGUAUGGGGCAAAACCACCGAGGUCGGAUGUGGCAUUUCAAAGUGCAACAAUGGACAGAACUAUGUGGUUUGCAGCUACGAUCCCAUGUACCAGCCCGAGGACGAGCGCCCCUACUAGACAAUGUAUGUGUGCUUGCGUGCGCACACGCACACCUACACGUGACUAGCACUUGACAUGAUAUUGUGAACGGUUACAAGAGAAUGAAUAAAAAAAAAAAAGGAAAAGAAUAAUAUAAUUUCAGUUUUGUAAAAUCUAACCGAAA